AUGUCUUCUGAUCUCUUCCCCGGAUUUUCCUCACAAUCCAUAACCACGUCUCUGGGUGCCCGUAUCUUCGUGCGAGUCAGCCAACCCAAAGAAUCAAAACCCCCUUUACUGCUAUUGCACGGUUUCCCCCAAACCCACGCCGAGUUCCAUAAGAUAGCACCCCUUCUCGCGCCACAUUUCACCCUAAUCCUCCUCGAUCUCCGCGGCUAUGGCGCCUCCUCCUCCCCGCAUAGCACCAACGGCUCCGGCUAUUCCAAACGACUAAUGGGACAGGAUUGCGUUUCAGUCAUGGAGCAACUAGGGUUCAGCGACCAGAAGUUCAGUAUUGUCGGCCAUGAUCGUGGCGCUCGGGUGGCGUAUCGCCUUGCAUUUGAUAUGCCCGAACGGCUUGAUAAAAUUGUGGUCGUCGAUAUUGUCCCGACCGGGUCGAUGUUUCAGGGGUUUGGGAAUGUGAAGGCUGGGUUGAACGGCUAUCAUUGGCUGUUUCUUGCGCAGCCGGAGCCGUUCCCUGAGAAAAUGAUCGGGGCGGGUGAAGGUGGUAAGGUGUUCUUGGAACAUAGUUUGUCGUCGUGGACUGCGACUGGGACUUUGGAAAGUUUCGAUUCGGCUGUGAUGGAUAGAUAUAGGGAGGCUUAUUGCAAUGAGAAAAAGAUCCAUACCACCUGUGAGGACUACAGGGCCGGGGCUUUUUUUGACAGGGUCUAUGACGAAGAGGAAUUGGAGCAAGGCAAGAAAAUUCAGGUGCCUGUGUUAGCUGUUUGGGGCGAGGGGGGCAUUUUCGCAGGAGCCAUGGAGGGCAUGAGAGAAGGUCCUUUACAAGUUUGGCAGAAAUACUGUGCGAAUGUCCAAGGUAGAGGGUUGAGUUGCGGUCAUUUUAUCCCCGAGGAGGAUCCUACGAAUCUGGCCAGCGAAGUCUUGCGGUUUUUACUGUGAAAUAAGCUGUGGUACGGAAGGUCCUCUUCCAUGAAGCCUCUAAAGAUAGAUGAACCUGGUUACCUGUCGAAC